GCUAGCAUGAUGCUCACAGGGAUGUAAAAAUUUUCUACUGCGUCGCUUCUUUUCACAUUUUUUAAACCACUACUUGGAAGCACUUACUAAUUCUUCUAAUUUACCUGGCAUAUAUUACUUUGAAUGAGUCAACAUGGCGACGUGCAUUCCCUUUCAAACACAGUUAUCCUCAAUAAUGGAGGUUCUGGUGAAGGCAGCAGUGGCAGAGAUAUCCAAACUAGUCGAUGACAAAUGUGCGUUUCUGCAUCUUGAAAUAUCCCGAAAGCAGAGCGAGAACGAGAUGCUGAAGAGGAAACUGCUGGUGAUGGAGAGCAAAAAUGCGCAGCUGCAGCGAGGAUUCGAAAACUACAUGGACAGAGGAACUGAUGUGGGGAGCAACUGUCCGCACCCUGCAAGAGAUAUGAAGUUUCCUGAGAUUGAAGAUGCAACUGUUUCCUUCACAAUUAAAGAAGAAAGUCCAGAUGAGGCUCUAUGGAUCAGUGAUUCUGCUGGACCAAUUGGUUCUGCUGUUCAGUACCCUAACGCUGCUAGUGCUCCAGAGAACCAGCAGUUUGAAGAGGGCCACCAGUUAACCCAUCCAGAGGUUGCCAGACAGAAGCCAUCAGAGUUCAGUGACUCGUUUAACUCUGCCCAGCGUGCAGUAGACAUCGGUAGUCUUCAGUUCACAGUGAAGACAGAGAAGGAAGAAGAUCGACUGGCAUUCAGACAGGAUGGGUGCCAGCACAAUGUGGGGAAGCAGACGCAACUUGCUGCUGAAUUUUCAUUGGAUGAAAGGGAGAAUCAAAUUUGGUCGUCCAUAAUUGAAGGUAAUGACAUUGACACUGGGUUCCCUGACUUCUCUAGUGUAGUAGAGGAGUAUUCCAACACGUACCCGGACCAUUCAGAUCCAAAUGUAGCUUCUAACCUGAGCAAGUCGACUAACGUCCAGCAGUUGCCUUCUCAGAGGCUUUGCAAUGGGAUUUACAACAGCGAAUAUCAGAAGGACGUUCCACAGUCGUCAGAUUUCCAGCCUAGGUCGCAGGCUCCGUUAUUGCAGCAAGACAAGCAGAAGGAACUAAUUUACCCGCAGAGAAACGCGUCACACUCCACUCACCUGAGCCAGCUAGAGGAAGACCCUGAGAGGGAGACCGCAACUCGAGACGGACCAGUUGUAACUCAGUCGCACAACACGUUCACACCGAGCAGCUUUAACCCUCACAGCCUACACAAACCCCUCUCUGGGACGGCCCGAUGCUACGGGUGCUCGCAGUGCGGAAAGUCGUUCAGCCGCCUCCACCAGUUCAAGCUGCACCAGCAGAGCCACAAGAGAAAGCGAGCGUUUUGGUGCACGGUGUGCGGGAAGAGUUUCCAGUGCUCGUCGCACCUCAGCAUACACCACCGGACUCACACGGGAGAGAAGCCGUACGGUUGCGGACAGUGCGGGAAGAGGUUCACGCAGCAGAGCAGCCUGAGGGUUCACCAGCGGACGCACAGCGGGGAACGACCAUACAGCUGCUCACAGUGCGGGAAAACCUUCAUCCUCAUGCAUCAUUUAAAGCGACACCGAAUCAUUCACACCUACAGCUGAGGUGGUGCGAGUGGUCGAGGUGAAAGACGACGGUCUGAGAAUCAAAUAUUCAGUGGACGGCAGCUUUUUUUUCCAGUGGGAUUUUUUUUUUAACCAUAUGGCAUUACUGAACAACUUUGUAUAUUAAUGCAUAUUUUACUAUGCAAAAUCCAUCUGGAUAUCAACAUGUUUGCUUCUUUUUAAGUACUUAAAAUGAUCAAAAUGUGAAACUGAACUGCACCCUCGUUCACACGUUUGUGAAACCCUUCCAAAGCUAGAAAUCCAAAAAAAUGGAAAAGGAAAACCAAGCUCUUAAAUGGUAAAUGGCCUGUAUUUGUAUAGCGCUUU